AAGAUUGCCCAUUUCAAGAAUCAUUUCUCUCAUUUUUUUUAUGAUUAACCCAUUUCAAGAACCCGAAAGAGAAAAGACUGUGGGGGACCUCGUGGUGCUGGUGGUAGUGGUGGUGUUGCUUCUGUGGUGCCGAGGAAAUUAAGUAAAUGAAUCUUGGCUGAUUGGCUAAUUUUUUAUGGUUUUUUUUGUAGAUAAUAAACAAGUAAUCAGUGGGGUGGUUUCUUUUUUCUGGUCUUAUCCAUGAGUUUUGAGGAGUUAAGGAAUGGUUUGCUAUCUUUCAGUUUCUUUGCAUCAGAAGCCAAGAACUAAUCAUGGGUUCUUGUCGAAGACAAAAGAGGAUGUCUGAAUCUGUCUUACCAACCACGUCGUCCCUCUAAAGGUACAUAUGUGUAGUUCUCUCAUUUGUUGUUGGAGACCAAAAGCCUUCAGCUUUACUUGGUAGCUAAAAGAGUAGGAAACAUUCAUAGGAUGCAAAGCUUAUCCCACAAAGACACUGAUCAAACCACUGCUGAUUCGUUGGCGACCUUGUUUGGUGGUCGAUCAUCUCUGUGGUUCUCAACCAAACAUCCAAAGAUUUCUCUUUCCAAGAGUGGCGUUACUGAGCUGGAAACCACAGGAGAACACCAUUAUCAUGUAAAGUUAUCAGAGUCUCAGUAUCAAGAACAGGACCCCUCGUCUCUAUCAAGCAAACAAUCUCAUCAUGAAGCAGUGAAUUUGGCUAAAAGCGACUCCCACAUGCAAAAUAUUUCAUUUCAGCCUGGUCUCUUUGAAACUUAUAAGAAGAGAGGGGAUGAUUGUGGGGCUCCAUCUUUGAUAGGUGGAAAUGGUGAUCAGGUUAUCAAUCAAGGCCAAAUGGAGCCUAAUCAAUCAUCGGCUUGCAUGUCCUACCCUCUGGCUGGAUCUUAUUUUGGCACGACAGCAGCUGCAUAUGAGCCAACUGGGGUUGUUUAUCCUCAAAUGAUGGGAAUUGCACCAGCAAGAGUUGUGCUUCCUCUUGACUACACAGAAGGCAUGCCCAUUUACGUUAAUGCAAAACAAUACAAUGCCAUUCUCAGGCGCCGACAAACCCGAGCAAAACUUGAGGCUCAGAAUAAGCUGGCCAAAUCAAAAAAGCCAUACCUACACGAAUCUCGGCAUCUUCAUGCAUUGAGAAGAGCCAGGGGUUCCGGAGGCCGCUUCUUGAACACCAAAAAAAUGCAACAGAAUCCUCUAAACCAAACAUAUGAUAAGAACCUCUCUUCAAAGCAGAAAAGUGGACAUGCAUCUGAACCAGAGAUUCAGCACUCUGAGAGCACCAGCUGGGGAAACUCCCCGACAUCUGGCUCUGAUGUCUCUUGCAUCUUCAACAAUGAUGAUGGUUUUCAGCAACCCGACUUAAGAGUCUCAUUCUCUACUUUAACCAUGGGUGCCACUGCGCAGAUUGGGGCGCAUCCACAUGUAAUAGCACCCGAUGACAAACUUCUGUUAUCCAUGGACAGAUGUGCACGGAUCAGCACUGCGACAUGACUGUGCUCUUCUAUGGUUAACCGGCAGUUCAUCCUUGGCUAUCUCUUACUGCUUCCGCGGUAUUGAAACUUGAUACAGAGUAUCAUCCCUUGCUUUGUUACUUUGGCAGACUAUUAUGAUGUGGGCUUGCAAAAUGAACACAAAAUCUGAAAAUGGACCAUUGUAUAAGAUUUUUGGAUUAUGGUUUCUUACUUUAUUUUCUGAUGUUGAACAACUAUUUAAGGUUUUCUUCCCCCUGCAAUCCAUGUGGAAAACAAUUUCAUUAGGCAUGUGUAAUAUUAUAUAUUCUCUGCU